AUGAGUGACAGCCAGCCCGCGCAUCGAAGGCUGGCUUCACCAAACGCCGUUCUCAAUCUUGCAGCACCGAACGACGCGCACAGCAAGCAGAAGAUUCACGCUGCCACAAGCACCGCACUCUAUCAGAACGGCCUACCGACGAACGCGCCUGUUCACGAAUCGCCCCGUGACGCGACUAGUUUGCGAGAUGCGACAACAUCAGUCGGGCAACGAGUCUUGACACGAAAACAAAACACGAAGAAGAACGCAGCAGUACUUGGAACGGCAAGCCUCACUCAGAGAGCAGCCGCAACGUAUUCAACGGCUCUUCGCCAAGCAGCUUCCAACAAAGAGUCUUUCUCACGACCAGCAUCUUUCCGGCAUCUUCGACCAUAUCCAGAGCAAGAAGCUGGUUACUGGCGGCGAGUUCGGAAAGCAGGGGACAGCAUCGGUGGUGGCCACGCCUACCUCCUCAAGCACAAAACCCUCGUCCGCAGCUUGCAAGACUUCGCGAUUCGAUCGAUGAACGACCGAGAGAUCACCCACGAGGAAAUGCACUCGCAAUUUAAGAAGCGGGUCGCUCCUGGCGUUAAGAAGCAGGAGCGAAUUCGCCGCACCAAUUCCGCGAGAAGCAAAGUCUGCAAGGAUUCCGGUGCCUGGCCACGCGACUACGACGUCGAGGAGCAUCGUGCCCUGUACGCCGACGAUGUCCGCAAGCAGAUGCAGAAGAAGGAUGACAGGCGCGUCGAGAGAGCGAGAGCGCCUUGGCUUGCCAGAGUUCCCCGGCGCUCUAAAGCAGCUUGGUGCGACAUCGAAGUGAAGAAGAGGUGCCACGGCGGACUCGAAAAGACAAGCAAGCAACGCAAGCAACGCGAGAUGACCGAGAAAGGAUUCGCGCGUGAACAUUCAACGGCCCCUACGAUCCGUCUGACAGCCACAUGCUGA